AUGACCCCAGAUAUUCCGCACAAGGAUCAGCCUGUCGAACCUGUCAGCGAAACCUCACCACUUCUGCCAAAGCCCACAAGCGACGCGCAGGUGAUCAACGUACAAACUGGCAUCGCACCAGAAGGCGUACAUGCUGAAGAUGGAGGAGAUGUUGAGCGACAGGUCAGCCAUGGCGAUGCGUUCAAACACCAGGGCCUGCCGGAAGUCAGAAAGCGGAUGAAAUACAUCUUUCCAGCAAUAGCUAUCGGAGUCUUCCUCUCGUCGGCCGACCAAACCCUCGUCAUAACGACGUAUGGCACCAUCGGAACCGACCUGCACGCUCUGUCCUCUACAUCCUGGAUCGCGACAGGCUACUUCCUUACGCUAUCCGCUUUCCAGCCUCUCUACGGGAAGCUCUCGGAUAUAUUUGGUAGAAAGCAAUGUCUGCUAUCCGCGUACCUGAUCUUUGGGAUCGGGAGUGUGGGCUGUGGUCUUGCGAGAAACAUUGGUGAGCUCGUUGCUGCAAGAGCUUUCGCUGGCGUAGGUGGUGGCGGCAUGAGUGUGUGUACAAGCAUACUGCUGAGCGACAUUGUGAGCUUGAGGGAACGAGGGCAAUGGCAGGGCUACGUCAACCUCGUGUAUGCUUUCGGUGCUUCUGCUGGUGCGCCCCUCGGCGGGUUGCUGGCAGAUAGCAUUGGUUGGCGGUGGGCGUUCCUGGCCCAGGGCCCAAUGUGUGCCAUGGCCUUCAUUGCUGUGGCGCUCGUGCUUGAGCUUCCCAAGCAAGACCAGUCGCAUUGGAAAGAGAAGGUGAAGAGGAUUGACUUUCUAGGUGCAGCGGUCCUAAUCUUUGCCGUUUUUGGGUUACUUAUCGGCCUCGAUCGCGGCUCCAACGUGUCCUGGAACAACCCUAUUACCAUCGCCGGUCUUGCUUCUACGCCAUUGUUCAUCGUCUUCGUGCUUGUUGAAAAGUACGUGGCGACUCAUCCCUUUGCUCCUGGCCGCAUCAUCCUCAACAAGACACUCUUUGCAUGCUAUCUUUGCAACUUCUUUUCCUUUGGAGGAUGGCUGGCUGCACUGUUCUUCAUACCACUCUACUGGCAGGUCAUGGGCGACUACAGUGCUUCGAAAGCCGGGUUGUUCCUUGUUCCAUCUAUCAUCCUUGGUGUUAGCGGCUCGCUCUUCAGCGGCUUCUACAUGCGACGUACUGCGAAGUACUACUGGAUCACCGUAAUAUCCUAUACAAAUCUGACGAUUGGGUUGUCAUUGAUCCUCCUAUUCGCUGGACUCAUCAUGGAGAGCUUGCCGGCUAUGGUGGUGGCAACAUGUGUAUGCUCUUUCAGCAACGGCAUAGGUGUCACGACUACCCUUAUUGGGCUCAUCGCAAACGCCUCUCAUACUGACCAAGCAGUUGCCACCGCUUGUUCGUACUUGUUCCGUUCUCUCGGGUCUGUCUUUGGUGUCUCCAUGUGCGCAACCGCGUUUAACCAGACCCUUCGCAGAUCUCUUCAAGAAAAGCUGCAGGGUGACGAUGCGGCCGAAAUUGCAGAGCGUGUCAGAGCUGGAUUGGCUUACUACAAGGGCCUAGACCCGGCACUGAAGAGCAUCGUCAAGGAGUGCUAUGGACAGGCUACUAGGGCGGCAUUGUACGUGGGUAUUGUCCUUGUCGCUGGGAGCGCCAUCUUCGCGUGGUUCAUCAAAGAGAAGAGUCUGGAGGAUAGUAAGAGUAGGAGUGCUGAUCCUGAGAUAGCCGAGGAGUGA